ACGCAAAGUUGUCAUUGUAGAACAGAUCCCCUUCAGUUCUCGUACGCUGUCCUGUGUCCUAACAAUUUUAAAAACCCCAAUCAAACUCCAUCAACGGAGGAGAAAAUCAAACUCUUGUUACCCUCAGAAACAAAGAAAAAAAUACGAAAGAGUUUUUGAGGGUUGUUCACUUUCUUUACCAUGUCAGAUAUUGCCCAAGAAGCAUGGAGAAAGUAUCUUAUUCAACUCCAAGCUCACCCUCUUAGAACCAAGGCAAUUACAGCUGGGAUUUUAGCUGGUUGCAGUGACUUGAUUGCUCAAAAGAUAUCUGGGGUCAAAAGGCUUCAGUUGAGAAGAUUGCUUCUUAUCAUGCUCUACGGCUUUGCCUAUUCAGGACCAUUUGGACACUUCCUUCACAAACUGAUGGACAUCAUUUUCAGGGGAAAGAAAGGCAGUAAAACUGUUGCAAAGAAGGUGUUGUUGGAACAAUUGACUUCUUCUCCUUGGAACAACUUUUUCUUUAUGAUGUACUACGGAUUGGUGGUUGAAGGAAGACCAUGGGGUUUAGUCAGAGGUAAAGUUAGAAAGGAUUACCCUACUGUUCAGUUGACUGCAUGGAAGUUUUGGCCGAUAGUUGGCUGGAUAAAUUACCAGUAUAUGCCUCUGCAGUUCCGAGUUUUGUUUCAUAGCUUUGUUGCCUCCUGCUGGGCUAUCUUCCUCAACCUGAAAGCAAGAUCUGUUGCAAUUAAGAAGGCGUAGUAGAAUGGCAGAGAUGUUCUCUUUUCUCUUAAUAAAUCGUAUUUCUCUAUCUGUAGAACUAUAUCUUAUUUGGGGCACUGCUUAGGAUUACUUCCCAUCAGUAUGAUUGGCUUGCAUUUUAGUGCUAAAAAGGUUCCUAAUGUACUAGGAUUCUGAAGUAGGUUUGAUCAAGUGGUUGCCAUAGAGUAUUCAAUAUAUAACUAGACGAUGCAGGUUUCAGUUUUUGGUCUGUUUUUUACACAAUUCAUUCCAUUCUGGCAAAACAAGAAACAAUUCAUUCCAGGAAACGGAUUGAACAAGACAAUUUUAUUUAUGUCAACUUACAUCGGGUUAAGGGAUA